AUGCCGGUAUCUACGGCUCUCAAGUGCUAUAUUUGUCCAAAAAAGCCUAACUUUAGCGAUGUGUCCCAUCUGCUAACCCAUGUCAGCUCCAAGGGGCAUUUGUCCCAUUACUUCAAACUGCAAGUUCGCAGUCACCAGGAGCCGGAGGCUGGCCAGCUCCUAGCAGAGUAUGACCAGUGGUAUCAGGAUCAUAAUCUUGCCGGCUUACUUUCUGAUCGUAUGAUGACCAAAGAGGCCAGAAAAGACAAAGGCCGCAACUCUUCGGCCCUUUACAAUAAUAAAACCCUACCCGACCGCAGAGCCUCAACAUCCAUGCUUCCUCCAUCUGGUUUCGUUCAUGCCAGUCAACGUCCCAUUCCAAGCUACGUCGAUCCGGAGCUGUCUCAGCCCUUUGUUGCCAUGACUAAUGGCCAUGCAACCGAUCCCCGUAUGCAAUUGUGGCCUAUGGCCCCAAAGCGGAGGUCUCUCCCAACCCGACCUACAGCAUUAAUGGGGUGGACGGUCGGCUCACCGGGCUCAGAUGAAAACGAUAAUCAAGAGAUGAGCCCCUUAUCUCUAAGAAAGCGGCAAUCAAUUGACUGGCAUAUGCCGCCUCGGACCUCCCACUUUCGGCCUACGACACCAGACCCCUUUGUCGAUGAUGCCAGCUACGAAGAAGAUUAUGAUGACGACGAUGACGAAAGUGAGCAGAGGGAUGAAAUCACAAAGCUAAAAGGAGUAUUCUGGCCUGGCAUGGAUAUAUUCGAUUCUGCCACAGAGCAGAUGAGACGAAAGCGUAACCAAAAGAAGGAUGGAAGUGUUUUGAAACAGAUGGAAAAAACUUCGGAAAUGGUUGAAGCGACAGAACUUGUGUUUUCUCCUGGAGGCACUUUACGCAAGGCCCGUCAGAUCACAGGCAUGGUGGACGAGAGCAGUCCUCUUAAAGGUGAAACUCCGAUACCGAAAAAACGCCCUAGCCGCCCGAAACGACAACCCCUUUCCCAAGGUAACGCAAACAGGAUUUUAAGAAGUAACAAUAACAUGAACGGAAAGCUUGGAAGUCGGCGACAAACUAUCAAUCCGGAACAUUUUUCCCGACGUGGUCUGUCAUAUGUCGGCAGCCCACAACACGCCCGCCGGAGUGCGCAUUUUGGCACAGGUUUUGGUGCACGAGACGAGGAUUUUAGGUUGUCAUAUUCCGAUUUGGAACAGAAGCCGCCUCGAGAGUUUGCGAUUUUCAAUGACGGAACAGAAGCGAGCCAUUGUGGCAGUGCCAUAAAUGGGAACAAGGCUUACUACAACCCUUUGGGUAAUGCCGGCCACUUCGCCUUGAACCACCAGCCAAAACCCUUUCGUAACGGUGCCCACCAUGGCCUUAAAUCGUUCUCUAAUUCCAAUUCCAUCCAUAUGCCAGAGUAUCGUGGCAAAGAGAACAUUGAGCCAAUAGUCACCCAGAAACCCGAUGGUCAGUAUAUUCAGAACCCGAGUUGGGACUCAACGCCGCUCGCAUCAGAGAGUCGGUAUGGCACUCAAUAUAUGUACGGAGCAGGUUUCCAAGGUUACGGCUCUUUCGGAGAAAACGAAUCAUUUGGGUAUUCAUCCAACCCUCUUAGCUGUUCGCUUUCACACAUUCAACACAACGAGGAUGAAAAACAUUGCACAAGCCUUGUAAUGACAGGUCUGCUUCAGUCUCCCGAACGCAAGCUAACUAAGAGUUGCCGAAACGUCUCGCCUGAUGGGACUGUGUCUGAGCUGGACCAAGACGAUAUUGGACGGAUGUACCUCAACGACUUUACGGCAUAA